CGGGGAGGCGGGAACGCAGCUCCGGAGCUGAGCGGAGCCGGACCCUCCCACAUCCCGGCGACGAAUCCUUGAGGAGAGACUUCCUUUAUGAAACAUUAGGAGAUUUGAGGAUGACGGGCCAAAACGCCUAACUCUCAUUUUCCUGUGAUUCUUUAACCGGAAAACUGUCAAAAUCUGUGGAUAAAUUGAUGAGCUAAGAAAAAGGAUGGCAUCUACAAUAAAUACCAGUUUCACUUUGAUUCCCAGCCAGAAAUACAGACGUAGUAAUCGUCGAUCCAACUAUUUUUCCAACACAUUUGAUUCAGAUUAUCAGCUCUUAUCAACGCUUGGAAAUUUUAAAGCCUUGCCAUUGGAAAUAUUUCAAAUAAUUUUAAGAUAUUUGUCAGUGAAGGAUAUCAGCAUGCUAAGCAUGGUGUCCAAAACAGUCAGCCAGCACAUUAUCAAUUAUAUCUCAACUUCAUCAGGAAGCAAAAGACUUUUACUACAGGAUUUUCAUAACCUUGAGCUGCCUGGCAGGAGUCAAGACUCUGCUAUACUGGAGCACUACAGAUCUCUAGGUCUACUAUUUAAAAGAUGCACAUUGCUGCUACCCACAAAGGAACGGCUAAAGUACAUUCACAAGAUCCUCAUAGAAGUUUCCUGUUUUAAAUUCAGUGGCUGUGCAGCUCCUAUGCAAUGUUUAGGAUUAUCAUGCUAUGGCAUGUUUUUGCAGACCUUAACAGCAGGUUGGGAUGAACUCGAGUGCCAUCGUGUCUUUAACUUUUUGUGUGAGCUGACUAAUCUCUCGCGCAAGGUGCAGACUGUUGUCUGCAGCAAACCAGGAAGUGCCCGAAAGCUGGAAUUAAGGAUCAGACUGUUCUGUAGGAAUGUUCUACUUGAUCAUUGGGCAUAUCGAAGUGAUUCUGCCUUUUGGCUGACACGAAUAUUAAAACCAUGGCCUAUGGUGAACCAGGCAAGAUUACUGUAUAUCAUUUUUGGGCCAAUAUGUCCUCAGGAUGGACAGGUAAUUUGGCAGAAAAUGACAGAAGGACCUACGGAUGAAUAUAGUCUGAAAGGUUUGGCUGAAGCCAUCAAGUUACUGUAUGAUACAGGCACCAAAGAAUGGACAGCAGAUGAUGUCAUCAGUCUUGUAGAUGAACUGUCAGUGGUUCCCCGUGAGUGGCUUCUGGAGAAUAAUGCACGUCUCCUAAUCCUGAGUGGGAACAAUAUCUGUUUCACUUUCAUGGCUAGUAAAGCUGUGAAUGGACGAGUCAUUGAACUGGCAAGGCUCACAGUCUUUUUGGCCCUGGUGUGUGAGAAAGAACUGUACUGCAUGGAUUGGGCAGUUAAAAUGAUGCAGAAAGUCUGUAAAGUUUUUAGCACCCCUGUGGAAAGAAAUAACUUCCUGCAGAGUGUGGCAAAUGCAUUCGCAUGUGUUAUCAUGGAGAUGCUGCAAACUAUCAUGUCUGGAGACCGUGAUGAAGAUGACAGAAGCUUUUUGAAUUUGUUCCACCUUGUACAUGCUCAGGCUAACUUCCACAAGGAAGUCCUAUAUUUGACCAUGAAUACUCUCUCCACCUAAGUACUCAGAAAGUCUUGCCUUCAGAGAAUAUCUCACUGAAUAAUCAGAAGAGUGCUACUUUCCACGCCCCAAAAAUAGCAUCCAUGGACUUUUUAUCAUCUAAGUAACCUAAGAAUUCAAAAGCUGCAUAGAAUUUUAGAAGCAACCGCUUACACAAUUAUUAAUAUAAAAAUAACAGGCAACCCAAGAAUGUGUUGAGAUUUCUCUGGAAAAUAGGCUCUGCUUUAUUGGUGUUUGGUAAACCUAAUACCAUGCCAAAAUAUAAUGUUAGCUGUCCAAGAAUCUGGGGCUAGCCCAACCUGUAUAUGUGGGUCUUUGAAACAAGAGAAAAUUUUGUUUUAUAGUCAGGACAGACCCAAAUUCACUAAAUAAUAUGUAUCUGUUCAUUUUGCUUAAGUUGUAGAGACAUAGCCCAGGAUGUUUUGUUAAGAUCUGCAAUACAGUGUUUUAGAAUGUGCAGAAUAUAAACCACAGUUUUCUACCACCUUCUUGGCUUAUGCUUACAGAGAGCAUUAUAUUUUGUUCACGCUUUGCAAUGAACAAACAGAUAAAAACAAAACCAAAGGAAGUAUUUUCUUCAAAUCACACAAGAGGUCUAUAAAUAGAGGAAGGAAUAUUGUCUCAGUAAAGUCAAAUCAUCUUUGGUACUUUUCUGCAUAUUAGAGUAAAAUGUUGCAAAUAAGAGAAAACACAAAAGAGAAGAAAGUAGCUACGCUUCAAGAACAGGUCAUCACCAAUAAUUUGCCCUUUGUCCUUAAGUUCUUCUCCCUAUCUAAAAAGUGGGCUUUGUUGAAGGAAACUAGAAGCACAAUGGUUGUCCGAGCAGCUAUGAAGAGGUUUCUCUCCACUCAAGUAGAUGGAUUCCGAGACGCUCCAGGACUAGUUGGGUCUGACUGGCAUCUGCCCUGUCGCUGUUCCUAGUGCGGUGGAUAGUAAGCGUGCCUGACGGGGUUGGAAUCAUGCUGGAGCCCUCCUGGAUCUCCCAUUUUCUUCUCCUUGGGUUUGACCACUUUGCUUCUUCUGAAAACAUGCUUUGUUCCACUGGACUUCUCAGAGGCUGACUUUAUUGUCCUAAGCCCUUGAUGUAAUGUACCUCAGCAGAGAGAGGAAUAAACACUAGGACAUAUGGAAAUUACCUGCAGAAAUAAGGUGAAAAUUGUGGGAAAUUCUCAACUCUUUAGCAAGUAGGAGUUGGGGCUGACAGGUGUCAUGGUGG